CUCCGGCUCCUCCUCCUCCCCCCAAGCCCCGGCGCCCGCAGCGGGCUCCAAGAGGCGAGCGGGCGCGCCUCCCCCUCUUCGUCCUCCCCCUCGUCUCGCUCUCUCUCGGCUAACUUUCCUGAGCCCCGACCCGCGGCGCGGAGCUCCCCCCGGCAGCUGCGGGGGCCCAGAGCCGACCUCGGGCGGAGAGCGUGGGGGUGCCCACUAUCUCAUCCCAAGCCCUCGGAGUGCUCCGGAGAGAACAGGACCAUGUCCCGGGCUGGGGACCGAGGCAAAACCCUGGCGAGAUGGCUGGGCACUGGGCUCUUGGGUCUCUUCUUGCUCCCUAUGUCCCUGCCGUUGGAGGUGUCUGUGGGAAAGGCUACCACCAUUUACGCUAUCAAUGGCUCAGCGAUCCUGCUGCCCUGCACCUUCUCCAGCUGUUUUGGCUUCGAGAAUCUCUACUUCAGAUGGUCCUACAAUAACACCGAGACGCACAGGAUUCUCAUAGACGGCAUUGUGAAGAAUGAGAAGUCUGACCCAAAGGUGAAGGUGAAGAGUGAUGACCGCAUUACCCUGGAGGGCUCCACGAAGGAGAAGAUGAACAACAUCUCCAUCCUGCUGAGUGACCUGGAGUUCAGUGAUACGGGCAAAUACACCUGCUUCGUGAGGAACCCCAAAGAGAAGGACCUCAACAGCUCUGCCACCAUCUUCCUCCAAGUGGUUGAUAAACUGGAAGAAGUGGACAACACUGUGACGCUCAUCAUCCUGGCCGUGGUGGGUGGGGUCAUUGGACUUCUGGUCUGCAUCCUGCUGCUGAAGAAGCUCAUCACCUUCAUCCUCAAGAAGACCCGAGAGAAGAAGAAGGAAUGUCUCGUGAGUUCCUCCGGGAACGACAACACAGAGAAUGGUCUACCCGGCUCCAAGGCAGAGGAGAAGCCACCCACAAAAGUGUGAGGUCCUGCGGGGCCAAGCAGCGCAGGGAGCCUCACUUCCUGAAGGCGGCGACACUGAUGCUGGGGUCCCGUGUGUGGAACCCACCAACGAGACGAGACAAGAUGAGACGUGUGCUGCUUGGCCCAAACUGUCUCUUUCUGAGCAGGAAGGACCUGAUCCUGUCCCGCCCAGCCUACACUACCUUUCCCUCUCCAGCCAGGGCUUCCCAGGGGCAAGGGCUGGCUGGGGAAGGAAGCCUGCAGAGGUUGAAGAAAGGGAAAGGAAGGGGUGGAGCAGCGUGGGAGAGCUGGCCCCUGGCACCCGGGAAAAUGGGGUCUCCUUUAGACUUCCCACCCCUGUGAACCCUCACGUUCCCCUCACAUUUUCUCCUGAUCCUUCACCAGGACAUUGAGGUGAUCAGAGGGCUGCUCCCAAAGCUGGGGUUCAGAGAUGGGUGGAGGGUGGGCCCUUGAGAUGUUGGGAAUGUGCUAGAACUCUGGGCUGGAGUCUGCUGGAGGUGGGGCCAGUUCUGAGAUGCAAGCUGGGCUUUGAAGGAUAUCAGGCUUCUGGAAGUUCCUUCCCAGGGAACUUUCUCUUUCCCCCACCCUGGAAUACCUGCCCGCACUGUCCCAGCUCCCUGUCCAGCUUCCUGCUCUGAAUUUGUAGACUCCCCAGCUAGGACUGGAUGCCCUGGCCUUCAAGUGUCCCAGUCUAUCUAGCUUGUCUUUGCUCUCUGAGCUGCCACUGCUGAGGAGGCUUGGCUGGCGGGAGGUGAGGGGGGUUAGGGUUGGGGGCGGGGGGCGCCCUCCAUCCUUCCUGGAACACUGGAGUGCUAUAGGCAUCUUUUCCGGCUUUGCUCUGUGAGUUUCAGGGGUGGAAGAAGGGUGUCUCCAACCUCCCAGCCUUUGGAAUGUCUAUCCCAGCCCUCUGCGACUGACAGCCCUUGUCCUUGGCAUGGCUGGACCAUGCCACCCCGGCACUCCUGGAGCUCAGUUCUUCCCUCUUCUCCCCUUCUCUUGAAAACAGCUGGUGUUGCCACCUUACUUGAGGGAUGGCUUCUUAGGACCUCCCAUCCUGUACCUUUGCUCCUCUGAUGUCCCUCCAGCAUGCCUGACCUUUCCCUGCCCCUAGGUCCCUCCACCCCCAGCCCUGGGCCUGCCUUUGCCUCAGGGACCCUUGUUUCCAAAUGAGAAGGCCCUUGGCUUCUCCAGUCGCUUUCUGCCCAGCUGGGCCAGCUCCUCUGCCAGCCUGAGGGUGCGGAGGAGCAGGGAGAGGGCACUUUCGCCUCCUCUCUACUUCCUGCAGAGCCGGUUUGCACACCCCUCGCGUGUGGGACUAGAUUGUGCCUUAGCUCCGUGAGUCCUGGUUCUCACCCCAUUUCCCUUUGGCUCACACUUCCUGACUUAAUUGCACAGUCUGGUGUGACAGUGGUGGAGGUCCCCAACUCCCCUCCCCGAGGUCAUGGAGGAGGCCAUGAAGCUGGGAGUUGUGUUAACAAUGGCCCUAUGGCUGAGGGCAGUCUUGGAGACACCUGUGGGGUGUCUCAUAUCCUUGUCUUUGACAUGGAGGUAUCAGAUGUGGGACCUUCAGAUGGGCUUGAUUUUGGGGGCCUCUGUGAUAUAUGAGAUGUGAUAACAGGGGGUACCCCAACUCCCUCUUCCUCAUCAGGUUUCUGAUACUCCUGGGUCCCCGGAAGAUGAAGACCAGUCCUCUUUCCAGGGAGUGUGGGGACUUCUGCCCAGGAGUAGCUGAAGGUUUACCCCAAAUUGGAAGCGGGAGUGUAAGGGACAAUAGGGCCUGUAGGGUGCCUGUGGCUAUGGCUAGUGUCUCUUGCCCAAGCCAAGGAGCUCACAGGUCCUGGCCUCCUCUCCUCCUGUCCUCCUUUACCCAGAACUCAUUGUGGCUGGGGUAAAAGUUGCCCUUCUCCUGCUUCUUAUUCAUUUAUUUGAGACAGAGUCUCAUGUAGCCCAGGCUGGCCUCCGACUUCCUACAUAGCCAAGACUGGCCUUGAACUCCCGAUCUUCUGCCUCCAUCACCCAGUGCUGGGAUGACAGGUGUGACCCCACACCCGGCUCAGAGUAACCAGGCUCUGAGAUCAAACACGGCACCAGAGCCUCCAGCCGUUCAGGAAACUUCCGGCUGCCUUCAUGUAAAACUGCUUUCUUCCCCGACACUGGAAGAGGCGAAGUGCUGUGGGCUCUUCUUGCUUUUUCGUGAGAGGAAGCCAAGGCAUAGGGAACGGGAGAGGAAGGGUGUCACCCUGCCCCUCUUCCUGUCACGGCGGGCUUACAGGCGGCCCUUGCAGCUUCUCCCAUCUACCCAAAGGGUGAAAUAAUACCUACCUCACAGGACUGUGGUGAGGCUUGGCGAGGUUUUAUUGUUUUGUUUUGUUUUCGCUUGGCUUGGAAAGGCAUUGGGAAACAAGGCUUAUAACUGGAGGCGGUCCCACGUCUGUCAUGUCCUCAUCCCUCUAACACGCACACACCUCACACUCUUCCUCUUCCCGUUGUUGCCGUCGGAACCGUGGCUCCAACUGAUGCUAAGCAUCUUGUCCACGGCAUUGGUUUUUUGUUUUUUUUUUUGAUGGAGGUGAUUGCGACUAUGGGGGUAAUUUUCUAUGGUUGUUAUCCCAAUGCCUGCCAUUCUACGGGCAUUGAAUGGAUAGGGAUUAAGAGCACAAAACUUGGUCCUCUUCACAAGGGAUGUCCGGUCCUAGUGCUAGCUUCACGCCUGUGCAGACAUUGCCACGGAUUGCAUUAGAAAUGUACGCUCACAAAGCCAUUUCCCCCAGCCAGACCCUCAUGCAGGCUUGCUUUCAGUAGUGAUCUCAGGGUGGCUGAGGCUGUUCCCUGCACCACUGGGCUACAGAACCUCUUACGCAGUUGACUUUGGGAAACCCGGACCCACGCUGGCAACGACGUCAGUGAGACCAAAGAUGAAGCACAAGUCCCUCCUCAUCCUUGACCUCCAAAUAGACAUGUGCAUUCGAGGGCCCAGAUCCCUCUGUGUAGAAACUGAGCAGAAGGCGACUGGAACCAGCUUGCCGUGCUGGAGGGCCUGCGAGAGGGAUGGACUGGGAGGGGGCCAGAAUUCCACACACCUGGCUGACCAGCUUUUGUGGAGCCUGGGAGGCAAGAGCAUCCUUCAGAUGGUGGGAUUCGAGGGUGCACUCGUACGGAGUGGUUGUGGCCUGCGGUGUGCGGCAAGGUGUGCCUGGUCCGGCUGCAGAGGUGUGACUGAGUGGGUGGGCUGUGCAUGCAAGGGGUGAUGCGAGAUGGGGGGAGAGGGGCACUCUGCACUUUCCACAGCCUGAGCUGGAGGCUGGGGAAGGGUAAGAGACAGAAAUGAACAGCCGUGCUCCUGGGUUCCACUGGGUGACUCCAUCUCAGGGUCACAGUCAACUGCCAUUGGAGGGCUGGGCAGGGAUGCCAAGAAGAAGGAUUUGUGGGGAGGUCCUCUAGCUUGCUGCACUUUACUCUGUCCCAGAUUGGAGUCCCUGUUCUCCCAUCCCCCACUGGAUAUGCAGUGCUUCUGACUAUCAUAUGCAUGGUUUGUUCCUCUGGCUUGGAUGGCAGUACCCAUAGUCAAUUUUCCUAUAUAACUUCAUAGAUCAAACAAUAUAGUGAUGGGCUGUGGGUGCCUCAGGUCCACGGGGCCUCUACGAGGCCCCGACGUGCACAAGCCCACCACUGACUUGUGUUUAAGCACAGAUUGAAUUCGAUUAGGUUGUCUUGCCUCUACAACACAUUUUUGCAUUGUAGAAUUGGAUUUAGCUUCGCUUUGGAUGAAAUAAAAAUUAUUUUUUAAUUAA